GCCAUUUUCGUUGCAAAGGAUCGAAAAGAAAAAAAAGGCCACCAUAUUCCUGUCAGCGUAGGUCACCAGGCAUAGGCCAUAGUCAAGCGUCCUCGAUUAUGGCCACGAGUUUCAGCGACAUCAAGAUGGACUCUCAAGGCGACGGCAUGCUCGAAAAGGGCUUGUUGGAGCCUCUGCAGCACGAGCAACAAACCACCCUGCUCUCCCGGCUUCAAGAUAGAUGUCAAAAUCUCCUCAGACCGUCGACGUGGCUCAACUCGCACCGGCCCAAGAAGCCUCUUCACAAGACCGCGUAUCUCGACGGCCUCAGAGGCUUCGCGGCUCUUCUGGUGUACAUCCUCCACCACGAGGUUUGGGGACACGCCGGGAUCGGCGGUGAAUUCAUCCUCGAAAACGCUUACGGCUGGGACAAGCAGUUCUACUUCAUCUGCCUGCCUGGCAUUCGACUGUUGUUCUCCGGCGGCCAUUUGGCCGUGGCCAUCUUCUUCGUCAUCUCGGGUUACGUGCUGUGUGCGAAGCCGUUGAGCCUGAUCCAAGCGGGGGAGACGGCACAGAUGGCCGACAACGUCUCGUCCGCCCUCUUUCGACGGUGGUUCAGACUGUUUCUCCCGGUGAUCGCCACGACCUUCAUCUGGUUGACGUCCUGGCACCUGGUCGGCCUGAGGUCUCUCGCCCCCGGCGCCAUGGAGCCGGAGAAGAAGUACAUCGACGAGCUGUGGCGGUGGUACGCCGACUUCAAGAACUACAGCUUCGUGUUCCACGAGGACCCUGCCAACAAGUACAACGACCACCUGUGGUCCAUCGCCCUCGAAUUCAAGGGCUCCAUCGUGGUCUACACUUUCGUGCUCGCCUUCUCGCGGGCCAGCCGCAACGGGCGACUCCUCUGCGAAGCCGGCCUGGUGCUGUACUUCCUCUACGUCGUGGACGGCUGGUUCUGCGGCCUCUUCACCAUCGGCAUGCUCCUCUGCGACCUGGACUUGCUGGCCGCCAAGGACAACCUGCCCUCCUUCUUCAAAACCCUGGAGCCGUUCAAGAUGCCAAUCUACUACACGUUGCUCGGCAUAGCACUCUACCUCGGGGGCGUUCCUUCCAUCACCGGGGACCUCCAACACCUGCGAGACUCUCCCGGCUGGUACUAUCUCUCGUUCCUGAAGCCCCAGGCGUUCUGGGACCCGCGCUGGUUCUACCGCGUCUGGGCCGCCACUUUCAUCGUGGCCGCCAUCCCGCGUGUGCCCCAGCUCAAGUCCCUCUUCGAGACCAGCUUCUGCCAGUAUCUCGGCAGGGUCUCGUUCGGCCUGUACCUGGUCCACGGUCCAGUCCUGUGGACGCUGGGAGACCGAGUCUACGCUGCCACAGGACGUAUCCGCGAGGAGCAUUCAGAGCUGGUCCCUGGGUGGAUCAAUCUGUGCCCCUUCCCGAGCUGGGGUCCGUUUGGACUCGAGAUCAAUUUCCUCAUGGCUCACGUAGUCCUCCUGCCAUUCACGCUGUGGCUGGCCGAGGUCGUCACCAAGAUGAUCGACGAGCCCAGCGUGAAGAUUGCGCAGUUUCUCUACAAGAGGGUACGAGGUGUAGACGAGAUGCUGGAUCUCGGUAUCAAGCGAGGCUCGUGGAUCAAGAACUAGAUUUUUUUUGUUGUUGUGAUGACAAUGGGCAUGCCGGAGUUUGUGGUACUAUUCUUAAAUCGUGUUGGGGUUCGAUUCUUUCUUUACAAUAUCUC